CAUUUGAUUUUACCCAUAGAUUUUACCACUACAUCGAAUCCACUGUUUCCGGUCGAACCGGAAGUCCUUCGUCGUGUUUUAAAACUGUCGAACGUGUGUCGCGUUGCUCUUUCACAAAGUUCAUAAAUGUGAGCGUCUCCCUGUCUUUCUACGGUCGGCUGGUUGAACAGAGAGCGAUGGCCGGUCCAGAGCUCCUGCUGGACUCCAGCAUUCGGAUGUGGGUCGUCCUGCCCAUCGUCUUCAUCACCUUCUUCGUGGGGAUCAUCCGUCACUACGUCACGCAGCUGCUGCACAGCGACAAGAAGAUCGACCUGGAGCAGGUGUCUGACAGCCAGGUGCUCCUGCGCAGCCGCGUCCUCAGAGAAAAUGGAAAGUAUAUUCCCAAACAGUCUUUCGCCAUGAGGAAACAUUACUUCAACGACGCAGAGACCGGCUUCUUCAAGAAGGUCAAGAGGAAGGUUGUCCCCAAGAACCCCAUGACAGACACCAGCAUGCUGACGGACAUGAUGAAGGGGAACCUGACCAACGUGCUGCCCAUGAUUGUGAUCGGCGGCUGGAUCAACUGGGCCUUCUCUGGGUUCGUCAUAACCAAGGUGCCGUUCCCUCUGACUCUGAGGUUCAAGCCGAUGUUACAGAGAGGAAUCGACCUGCUGUCCCUGGACGCCUCCUGGUAAAAACACACCGACGCUCCUCAGCAGACCAUGAACACAUCUCAGACAUUCACCAACAAUAUCUUACAAUCCUGACAGUUCAGACAAACAGUAAACUUACUCAAAAUAAUCCGUUUUCUACCAUUAAUAUCUUUGUUAAUACUUAUACACCACU